GUCCUAUAUUUCUGUUAGCAUAGCAGGAUUUUUAACAUAGCAUGAGUACAAUGAUAAAUGAUGAUGUUGAAUUUUAAAGUAUAACUAUGUGAAACUAAAGGCGCAGCACUCGGGUGCUUAGACUUUAUGGGCUAUGCCAAAUGAUCUAUGUGUCUAUGGCCCGCCAAAAUGUCGCUUUCUGUUUUGGUAUCCUCUCACAAUAAAAUAAAUUAAUUUUGUCAAUUUAAUAAUAAUUUCAGUGCGUAGAAGCCGAGUGAAUAAAUGCUUUCAUAUAUAAUUAUAUAACUCAGGUCCGGUGCAGCAAUCAGCUAUGAAUACUACGGCACCGACGUCUGCAGAUGCUUGCCUGAGCAUUGUGCACUCUCUCAUGUGCCACAGACAGGGUGGUGAGAGUGAGGGCUUCUCCAAGCGUGCCAUUGAGUCUCUUGUCAAGAAGCUGAAGGAGAAGCGAGAUGAGUUGGAUUCUCUGAUCACAGCAAUAACUACCAAUGGGGCUCACCCUAGCAAAUGUGUUACUAUACAAAGGACUCUUGAUGGUCGCCUACAGGUGGCAGGCAGAAAAGGUUUUCCACACGUAAUCUACGCGCGCAUAUGGCGAUGGCCAGACUUACACAAGAAUGAGCUCAAACACGUCAAGUUCUGUCAGUUUGCCUUUGAUUUGAAAUGUGACUCAGUAUGUGUCAACCCCUACCAUUACGAAAGGGUCGUCUCCCCUGGAAUUGAUUUAUCAGGCCUAACACUUCAGUCGGGUCCCAGUAGGUUAGUAAAGGACGAGUACACAGCUGGCCUCAGCGGAAAUGGAAUGGAUAUGGACACCGGAGAGAUGGUGACCAUACAGCACCAUGCCACUAGUCCUCGACAUCACCACUCGUCUAUGCCACACCAUCAUCAACAGUUUCCGACAGCCAACAUUAUCAUUAACCAAGGACAAACGCCCGAGGGCGUCCCGAACAUGUUUUCUGGUGGUCACGGGAACCACGCCGGGCACGCGGGGCACGCGGGGCACGCGGGGCUGGCGCACGCGCCGCGCGCCGCGCUGCGGGCGGGCGGGGCUCACGCGCACGGGGCGCCGGCGCCCGCGCUGCUGGGCCACGCGGCGGCGCUGGCGGGCGCGCUGGGCCCGGCGGGGCUGGCGUCGCCGCGCGUGGCGGCCGCGCCCAGCAUGUCGCCGGCCACGCCGCAGAUGCCCAGCAUGAGCCGGCCGCUGUCGCUGCCGAGCCCGCAGCAGCUGGCCAUGGCGCAGCAGCGCGCCGUCGCGCCCAAACUCGAGCCGCCCGAUACUAUGGACGCGCGGGCCAUGUGGCUGCCUAAAAGAAUGAAUCAUUCUGCAAUGCCAGUCAGUAUGUCGCCGGGCGCGACGACUCCUCUCAUUGACGGUCCAAACACGACCUUCUUCACUUCAGAACAAACUACCAAUGACACUGCUCAGCUAGCGCAACAACCUUUACCAAAUGUAGGUAUAGCAGAGAACCACGCUAGCGGUACAGUGUCCCCGGGGUCGGGCGAGGGCUCGCAGCAGAACGGGUUCGCGACGGACGGCAGCCCCGCGCCGCAGCCCAGCCCGCUGCCGCAUCGCACGCAGCAUCAGCAGCAACAAGGUACAUGGACUGGUAACAACACUCUGACAUAUACGCAGAGCUUAGCUCCGCCCCCCGCCGCGCCACCAGUGCCGCUUGAUGCGCCCGCGCAUCAUCACUAUUAUAACGGCAACCCCGGCGGUCUGCUAUCGAGCCAGCCGGCCCCGGAGUACUGGUGCUCCGUCGCCUACUUCGAGCUGGACACGCAGGUCGGAGAGACCUUCAAGGUGCCCUCCAGCAGGCCCAACGUUACCGUUGACGGUUACGUGGAUCCUUCUGGUGGCAACAGAUUCUGUUUGGGAGCUCUCAGUAACGUUCAUAGGACAGAACAAAGCGAGCGCGCGAGACUGCACAUCGGCAAGGGCGUGCAGCUGGACCUGCGCGGCGAGGGCGACGUGUGGCUGCGCUGCCUGUCCGACCACUCCGUGUUCGUGCAGUCCUACUACCUGGACCGCGAGGCCGGCCGGGCCCCAGGGGACGCCGUGCAUAAGAUAUACCCCUCCGCUUGUAUUAAGGUGUUCGACCUCCGGCAGUGCCACCGCCAGAUGCAGACGCAGGCGGCCACCGCGCAGGCCGCGGCCGCCGCGCAGGCCGCCGCCGUGGCCGGGCACAUACAGCCGCAACACCCCACCAUGAACAAGUGUCUGUCGGCGGCGGCGGGCAUCGGCGUGGACGACCUGCGUCGGCUGUGCAUCGUGCGGCUGUCGUUCGUGAAGGGCUGGGGACCGGACUACCCGCGGACCUCCAUCAAGGAGACUCCCUGCUGGGUCGAGGUGCAUCUGCACAGAGCCCUGCAGCUUCUCGACGAGGUCCUGCACACGAUGCCAAUCGACGGUCCUCGGAGCAACAUCGAGUAGGAGUUGAUCGGCUUCUUUUGAGGCCUUCGAGCGACCGCGCGCGAGCUGUGACUCCACACUAGUGACACGGACGACGAUGUCGAUGUGAACAGUGUAACGUGAACUGCGGACUGAUUGCAAGGCACGGAGUGUUGUGUUGGAUGUGUAUAUCUGUGGCUUACUGCAUGUUGUUGUACCAAGAACAAGAAUAUCAAUGGUAAGAUCAAUCUUCGUUGCUCACAUUUGAGCUUGUUUGCUCUAGUCUUUGCUCUAGUUAGCUCUAGCUUUUAUGGCGAAAUUUUAAAAUCAAUAAAACUUACACAAGUUUUCUCUAUAGCGGAAUUUAGUCGCGAAAGUAAGAAUUCGCUGUCUAAAAACCAGACAACAGGUUACCCGGUAAUUGAAGUGAAAUGAAGAUCGAACUAAAUUUGAUAGGUUUUGUUAUUUAAAUGGAUGUCAAUGUGUAGUAAGCCACAGUAUAUGUUCUAAAGAGUUAGAUGCCAUAUGAAUAGCAUUUAUUUUAGUCAUUAAUUUUUAAAAUUGUGAUUUGAUUGCAAAAUUAAGGUUUCGGACAAUUGUCUUCCAAAUUAUUUUUGUCUUCCGGCACUAAUGUUUAUUUCAUUUGGUUUGGGCACAGAUGUUGGGUUUGGAUAAUGUUUGCACCUAGAAGUGGAUGUGCAUCGCUCGUUAAAAUAAAAAGGUGAACUUAUAACUUAUGUCUUGUAUCUAUUCAUACUAAAAUAUAAGUAGUUGCAGUAUAUAAGUAUAAUAAUAGAUUGUAUGUUGCAGUAUUGAGACGGAACAAACUAAAGAACACAUAAGGGAUCUCAGUAAAAUAUUUUUCACAAAUCCUAAAUGAAGUUAAAAUAAUGUAAGAUAUUAGUAUUUAUAAACGGAAUAUAAAUGGACAGACGCCAGAAUGUGGCGAUUCUGAAUUCAAUUUGUAUACAAAAUACGAAUUUUAACAGCUAUACCAAAUUAAGGCAUUUUUUUAUUAAUAUAACCUAGCGUAGGUGUUAAACAAGACAUAAUUAUGGUUCAACUUAAAAGAAGCCAAAUGGGAAUUAGCUUUCUAUAGAGAUAAGCUAAGCUAUCGCGUUUUAUAUAAGUUAGGUUUAAGAGUAAUUUAUAUUCGUAACGUCUGUUGAGCAGUGCGAGGCGUGCGUUGUUGUAAGGCUGUAUUUUUGUUAGCGUGAUGUGUGCCUCAUUAGAGGAAUUGCAUGGACCCUUUUAUAAAGCACACCCUGUAUAAUCAAAACAAAAAAGUACGAAAAAAUAUAGAUUUAAUCGUAAAACAAACACGUUGUUCAAAAUAUUAGUAAGACACACAUAAAUGAAAUAAAUAUAGUUAUAUUGAUAAAAAUAUUAUUACAGUUACUCAAUGGAAAAUAACCUUUAUUGACUUGAAAAUUAGAUUUAAUGUUACAUGAAUACUGUCAAAUUUAUUAAUCUAGUAUUAUGAAUAAAAUAUAGAGAUAGCAAUAAUCACGAGUGUACAAAAUUAAUUUUAAAGAAAGUAUAGUUGUGUGUGUUUGAAGGUAUUGGUUGUCGAUUCUAUGUUAUAAAUGUUCAUGCAAUUUCGCUAAGUCUAUAGAUGAUCUGUGAUGUGCUAACAAUAUUGUGUAUAGUAUGCGUGUGCGCACUCGAAGUCGGCUACUGUCAAGUGUUACAUUAUUAUUUGUAUUUUCUCGGUGAAUGUCUACACUAAGACGUAAGUUAAGAAUAAAAUGACAUAUUUUGUGUACGAAUCAAAGUAAAUGGUUAUAAAUAAGGUUAGUAACGUGUUUAAAAAAAAAAGUAUAUGAGAUUUUUUUUGUCGUUUGCUUAAGACUUGCUUUAAUUAUUAUUACUUGGCAGAUUAAUGAUUAUCCUGUGUUGAAUGAUUUUAUACAGUUACUGUUAGUGUUUUGGAUUUUUUUUAUUCAUAAUUAUUUUUUAUUGCGACGAUCGAGGUUUGUCGGUAAUAAACUAAUAUAGUGUUUAUUAUUUUGACUCUAACAGAGACAAUAUUAUGCUUGCAGUUUUCUUUUUUUUUACAUAAAAUAAUCAGUUUUUAUAAAUGUUCAAUUUUACGUUGAUUAUGAGUGAUCAUCACAAAAUAUAUUAUUUUUGUUAUUGCUUAUAACGAUUUAGUUUAUGCGUCGGAAUUUUACAAUUUACACAAUUAAUAUUGUUACCAAUAACAUCGUACAGUUUUGGAUUGCGAAAGUUUUGUAAAUAGUACAAUUUAUUGAAAAUAUUUUUACUAUGACGUAAACAGUCGCUUAUCGACUCGAGAACAAAGUGGUCGAGAGGUUGUAUUUAGUAAUAAUAUUCAUUAAAAAUUCUCUUAGAAAGCUUCUCACAAAAAUCGUGUAUCAAAAAUACCUCUUUAUAGUGAUCAAAAGGAUUCAAAGGGUUUUAGAUGAUAUUAAUAUGUGGUAAGUUUUUUAAAUGAUGUUGAAGUUUUGAAAUAAUAAAGAUAUUUGUCAAAUUCUACAUAGGACAGUUAUCGAGAGCUAGUGUAUGACCCUCUCGCGUAUCAUGGGGAUGUUGGCUGGGUAUCAAAAGUAAAAAUCUAUUUAAACCGUCAGACAGGACAAAAAUAUUAGGAGGAUUGGAGCCAGUGUCGUCAUACGAACUUAUGACGUCACUAGUCACUGACAGACGGAGAAUGAAAACGCGAGUUGAACAAGAUAUUUAUUGAUUCAAAAAAGAGCAGCAAGAAUUAUGGGUGUAAUAUGAUUUGUUGGUCUACAAGACGGAUAAAAAAGUCAACAUCCCCAUUUUAUAGUAAACCAUUGACUAACAGUUAUUGGAGAUAUACCGAAGUUAUCCAAAGUUGAAGACUAUUGUUGUUCAGUGUGGACGCUGAUGAACUAUGGCUUUUGUAAAUAUGCGUCGUACUCUUGUUCUAAACAAGGUAUAACACGUUAUCGACGUGGUUGUGUCCUAUAUCCCGGCAAUUUUCGUUGGUAAUUCAAAGGAAUUUAAACUUUAUUGUGAUUAGCUUAAGGUCUGGUUGAAACGAGAAUUUGGGAGCAUGUUCAAUGAUCAUUAGGGUUCGUAUGCAAGUAAGCGGUUUCUUCUUGUCUCAGGAUUUUGAUGUACUUGUGUAUACGGAGAUGAUGAAACAUUGUUCUGAAAAUAUAAUACAAUCUGUAUGUUUGUAUAGUUAACAUUGAUCUAUAAAAUACCGACCGGUAUCAACAUAAAAUGAUCCUAAGAGCACGAAGAAACAACAAUCAACAAUAACACUUAAUUUCAACGGUUAAAUAAUUAAUUAUAAAAGAUUUUCGAUUACAUAGUUUAAAAGUCUCGUCGUAACUAUUGUAAAACAGCAAUGUCCUCGCAAUUUUGAACAUAAGAAUUUUGUGAAUCGUAUUAUUAAGAAACUGCCAUGUAUUUUUGACAUCACACAGUUGUUUUUUUCACGUAAAACUUAAUGUUUGUUAAGAGAGGGAUGUAGAAUGCACGCGGUGUAACGUAGCCUUUAAGCGCAUAGUUAACAGUGGAACUAUGAAAGAAAUGAAUAUAAAGGUUAUUCCUCUAAA